GGCCGGCACCGGUUGCCCCGGGCGGGAUUGCGGCUGUUGGCACCCAUCGACGACCCCGAGAAGGUGAUCUGCGUGGGGCUGAACUACCGCGACCACUGCCUGGAGCAGGACGUCAAGGUGCCCAAGGAGCCGCUCAUCUUCAGCAAGUUCCCCAGCGCCAUCGCCGGGCCCUUCGAUGACAUCGUGCACCCGGCCGAGAGCAGCGAGGUGGACUGGGAGGUGGAGUUGGCUGCCAUCAUCGGGAAGACGGGGCGGCACGUCCAGGAAUCGGAGGCUAUGGAGCACAUUGUGGGCUUCACUGUGGCCAACGAUGUCAGUGCCCGGGACUGGCAGAUGCGAAGGAAUGGGAGGCAGUGGCUGCUGGGGAAGACCUUUGACACCUUCUGUCCCAUAGGGCCGGCUAUCGUCACCAAGGACUCAGUGACAGAUGUCCACAACCUGCGCAUCCGCUGCAGGGUCAACGGGCAGCUGAUGCAGAGCAGCAGCACCAACCAGCUGGUCUUCAGGCUGCCCCAGCUCGUUGCCUGGGUGUCCCAGUUUGUCACGCUGCGCCCUGGGGAUGUCCUGCUGACAGGAACCCCUCCUGGCGUGGGGGUUUUCAGGAAGCCCCCUGUGUUUCUCAAGCAAGGUGACGAGGUGCAGUGCGAGAUUGAGGAACUGGGCACCAUCUGCAACAAAGUGGUGUGAGGACCGAGCCUCCACCUCCGACCUCCUGUGCCUUGCCACGAUGGCUCUCAAUAAAUCUGCACCAGGAGACAG